AUGCCUCAGAUGUCCAAGUUCUUGUUGGCCAGCGCCGCCGUGUCUGGCACCUGGGCCUUCCUGGCUCCCAGUGCCCCCCGCACCACCACCUCGGCACAGCUGCGUGGUGCCGCAGGUGCCUCCGGCAGCGCCCCCGGCAGCGGCCUUGGCAGCGGCGCCGUGGUGGCCCUGGGUGCCGCCGCCGUGGCCUCCGCACGAAGGGCAGGCAAGGCGCAGCGCAGGGCCGAGGAUGACGCCUAUGGCGCGAGCCACACCUCCUUCUACACCGACGCCGUGGCCAAGGACAAGUAUGACACUUUGGAAGAGGUGUUGGCUGAGAAGCUGAAAGAUGCGAAGUUGAAGGGCAUGGUGAACGAGUUGUUGGAUGCCUGCGUGAAGAUUACUGAGGCGUUGCGUGUGAAUUUGGUGACUGUGAACGAUGCCUCCAACGCUUUUGGAGACCGACAGCUGACGGUGGACGUCAUCGCGGACAACUUGUUGUGGGACCUGGCGAAGACCUCCAAGAACGUGUAUGAAGCAUCUUCCGAAGAGGAACCAGAGAUCGUGAAGACCAACGAGGAUGGCCAGUACGUCCUCUGCUGGGAUCCCUUGGAUGGUAGUUCCAUCGUGGACAACAACUGGGCCGUGGGGACCAUCAUCGGCGUUUGGGACAAGUCCACGGGCCUCAUCGGUGCCACGGGCCGGGACCAGGUGAUGUCCAUCGUGACGUUGUACGGGCCACGCACCACGGUCUUCAUCACCUUGGACGAUGGGGUCUAUGAGUUCACCCUGGGGGAUGGAAACGAGUGGAUCUGCUCUCGUGACAAGAUCUCCAUCAAGACGGAGUGCAAGAUCUUUGCCCCAGCCAACAUGCGCGCAGCCCAGGAGGUUGAAGGCUACAACAACCUCAUCAACCACUACAUGACCAACAAGUUCACCUUGCGCUACACUGGGGGUUUGGUGCCGGAUGUCUGCCAGCAGUUCACCAAGGGGCAGGGCGUCUUCACGAAUCCAACCUCCAAGGCGUCUCCUGCCAAGUUGCGCCUAGCCUUCGAGGCGGCGCCCUUCGGACGCCUCGUUGAGAUGGCCGGGGGCAAGACCUCCGAUGGCGUCUCCGGGAACAGCGUGCUGGACAUGAAGAUCACGGCUGUGGAUCAGCGCACCGCACUGGCGAUUGGCUCGGCUCAGGAGGUGGGUGGAACGCUUCAACCAGAUGGUCUUGCAGAAGUAGAAACCAGGUGCAAAACUUGCGUGAAAUUCACGCGUGACUCUGCGCAGAGCGGAUCCAACUGCGGUGGUGGUACCUUGACCAGCCUGGUGGCGAUGUCCCGGACACGUGUGCUGGCCAUCGUGGUUUUAGCGGCUCUUUGCCGUGGAGAUUGCUCCAGCGACACCACUGAAUGCACAGGUGCAGAGGAGGACUGGUUGGGCUCGCUGCUUCCACCAGGUUUCUCGCCUCACUCUUCGUUCGUGAAAUGCAUUGGUGCCACCCUUGCUGGUUCGGUGUUUGCUCUGGUUGGCAUGGUGAUUGAAGGCCGAAAGGAGCGUCGGCAAGAGAAGCCCAUUUCUAGAGAGGAGCUCAAACUUCCAAGAAGCAGCCCCCGAGCGAUGUCCCCGCGAUUGGAGAAGGUCAAUUCGCCACCCGCCGAAGUCGAAGGAUCCCCGUCUCCGCUGCCUUCCGCAGAGAUGAAGCGAUCCCAAUCCAUGCCCUCAGCACAGCUGAAACACAUCGGGAGUCAGGAGUGGAAAGAUACUCCAAAGGCUCGCUCAGAUGAGAUGAAUUGGCGCAGCACCAAUGGGCGGCUCCCCCGCACCAUCUCAGCACCGGUGCCCCAGAAAUCGGGAAAGUCGUUGAGCGAAAUGCAGCAGGUGGAGCGUCAGGUGAAGUCGAUCUUGAACAAGCUCACCUGGGAGAAAUUCGACAAACUCUAUACAGAUCUUUUAACUUAUUGCAUGGUGGAUGAUGAGCGCCUGCGCCUUGAGACCCUCGAGGUCAUUGCUCGAGACGUCUUCAAGAAGGCCACUCUUCAGCACAACUUCAUUGAACUCUACGCAGAUCUAUGCGCCAAACUCGAUACCGAUUUGAGAGAGAAAGGAGUCGAAGUAAACUUCCGUCGGGCGCUUCUGGAGCAGUGUCAGGAAUCCUUUACAGUGCACUUGGCGCCUCCGGAGAUCGAUACCUGUUUGGAUUAUGAGGAGCAGUAUGAGAUGUUAGUCAAAUACAAGACGAAGAUGCUUGGGAAUGUGAAGCUGAUCGCACACCUCUUGCGUCUAAGGAUGCUGGCCGCCAAGAUCAUUUUCCAUUGCAUCGAAGAACUGAUUUCCAUCGGUUCAGCAGAGGACAUGGCAGAUCCCUAUGUGGGCCUGGACCAAGUCCAGAUCUACGCGCGGAAGGCGGAGCAGUCCUCCGAUGCCAUCAAGGAGGUUUGGGAGCUCCUGACCACAGGCCUACAGGCGCUGAAUGAGGACGACCCAGACACAGCCAUCUCUGAUGGGCACAAGGCCAUCGCCAAAGCCAAGACGGCGAACUUCGGGGAAGGGGAUUCAGAGGGCUUGCUGCUAGUGACUCGAGCGCUCACCAGCAUCAACAGCCGAAAGGAAGGUGAUCGUCUUGCGCGCGCCAUGUUAAGUGAGGCGAAAGAGAAAAAGGACAAGUCCAUGGAGGCCAAGGCGCUUCUGGCCAUUGCAGAGGUCAAUGCAGAUCAGCGUGGCAGCAAGAAGCGGGAGGAGGCACGAAGUGCGGGGCAGGAGGCCUUCGAUCUCUUCGUUCAGCUGGCGGAUCUGCGUGGGCAGGCUGCGGCCUUGCUGGUGCAGUCCCACGUGAGCAUCAAGAGUAAGAACCAGGAGAAAGAGAAGCGUUCGGUGGAGGCAAUGGCGUUCGCUGCCAAGGCGCAGCGGUUGAGCGUGGAGCUGCGGGAUGUGCGCGGCGAGGCCUCGUGUCUGCACGCCAUGGCCUCGGCGCAUGACAUCGUGGAUCAGCACAUGGAAUGCAUCCGGGCCGCGGAGGAUGCGCUGGACCUCUAUUUGGACCUUCAGGACCCCUACGCAGAGGGCUUCGAGCUCUGCUGCAUCGCGCAGUGGUUCGUGAACCACGGGCGGCUUCAGCUGGCGGUGAGCUACGCUGAGGAUGCCCUAGAGAUCCUACGCAAGGCGCCCAAGCCGAGCGCCUCGCAGGAGCUGAGAGCCUUGCAGCUGCUGUCCCAGGCACACGAGCAGCGCGGCGACCAAAGCGGCGUGAACGCGGUGCAUGAGAGCCUGAAGCGCUUUCAGGAUACCAACAACCAGACCGCUGAGGCGGCCGCCAUGGACAUGCUACUGCGUGCCCACUGCGACAAGGGAGAGUUCCAACAAGCUCUGGACAUUGCUGCGAGGGCGCGGAUGGCCUUCAAGAAGAUUGGGGAUGAAGCCGCGGAGGCCAACGUCGCCUCGGUGAGUGCCGGCUUGCAUUUGAAGCUGCACAUGCCCGAUGAAGCGUUGAAACUAGGUUAUGAGGUCUUGGACCUGGUGCGAAAAAGCGGCUCCACCAAGCAGAAGUCGGACCUGAUGAUGACCUUGGCGCAGGCUUACCUGGAAAAGCAACAGCCAGAGGAUGCCCUGGACAUGUGCAACGAGAUGCAGCACUACUUCUCGGAGAAAGGUGAUGUCGAGGGAGAAGCUGAAGCGCUCUUGGCCGCUGGUUCGCUCCAUGUGCUGCAAGAGGACUUGGACCAAGCCCGCGACAAGGCCGUGAAGGCGCAGCUGAUGCUCAGCGAGGAGGGCCUAGCAAGCGGGGAGGGCCGAGCCUUGCGGCUGCUGGCGGAGAUUUAUGCCAAGCAAGAACAGCACAAAGCGGCCAUCAGGGCGGGUGAACGCAGCCGGGCACUCCUUCGCGGAGAAGAGAAUCCCGUGGAGGAAGCGUCGAUGCUCUUCUUGGUGGCUCAGGAGUCGGUGCAGCUGGCGGUGAUCGAGGGCGCCAGAGUGGGAUCUGAUAAGCCCCUGAAGAAACACGCCAGGGAUGCCCUGGACAAAGCUGAGAAGUCAGCACGGACGGCCAUCAAGUUGUGCACCGAGAAUGAGAAGCAAACAGGUAUCACGGAGGUGUUGGGCUCCUCCAUGUGCUCGCUCUCGCAGGUGCACAUGCUGCGCAGCAAAUACCCUGAAGCCCUGAAAGUGGCAGAAGAAGCGAGUCAGCUCUUCAAAUCCAAUGGCUUCAUGCGAAAUCAGGGCUCUGCCUGUAUGUUGUGCGCGGAUGCGUAUCGCGCCCUGGAAAAGCACAAGGAGUCGCAGAAAGCGGCGCUGGAGGCUGUGCAAUGCUUCACGAAAAGCGAUCCUCCUGAUGAACGAGGCCUUGAGGCCGCACAGGCGGUCCUGGAUGCGCUGAAGCAACACUUGGCUCCCGCACCCAUCAGAGCCGCUCCGGCAGGCGGAGGCGGCUUGCCACCCCAGAUGCUGAUGCAAGAGGCUGAGGAAGAAGGUGACGGCACAGAACGGCGCGUGGCCAGGCCGAGACCCACAGGACCUGCCUUGGACAUCAAGAAUCUGCAUCCUGACCUGGUGAAAAAGAAGAUCUUAGAGGUCGCACUGAGUUUGACCGGCGCAGAUGAGGAGGAGAUCGAGGCGGACACUCCUCUCAUGGAAGCCGGCUUGACCAGCACUAUGGCAGUGGGGUUGUCGGACGAGCUGAAGAAGGAACUUCCAGGUAUCAAUCUUCCUGUGACCCUGGUUUUUGACUACCCUUCCAUCUCGGCUAUGACUGAGUUGAUCUUGGAUGGGCGUCGCGACAGUUCCCCUGCCGAUCCAAAAAAGGCUGCGCUGAGUGCCGCCAUGGAUUCAUGGAUGCCCAGUGGCCACUUGCAUAGCCCUCACUGGGCUGAUCCCGACCAUCCGCUGGAGAGUUAUGCACUGGAGACCCUGUGUGCCUUUUUGACCACCUUGGGCUCCACCUUCGACAAGAAGCAAUGGUCGGGCUAUGGGCGCUGGCAGGAAGUCUUUCGAAAGGUGGAGCUCUUUGCGGAUGACAAAGCACAGACCCCACGCAUCCGGUGCUUGUUGAAGGACUUACUUGACAAGCGUCGAAAUGGCUGGCAGGAGAAGAAGGUGCAGUAUGGGACAGGCAAGAAAGUUGAUUGUGCAAGUUCGCCACUUUCCAAUGAGAAGGUGGAGAAGAAGCUCAAUUGGAAGCCUGGGCAGAACAUCUGCAGCGCUGGAAACAUCUAA